CUCGUCUACCUUACGUAGUACGUCGUCUCGAAUCGAUCCUCUUCACCGCUACGCUACCGUUCCUUGGGUUUGUGUAUCUGCCGUAGUAGGUACGCACGCUUGGAACAUGCGGGCUGCUCACCAAAAGCAGGUAAUUAUUCUUGUGACUCUUUUUUGUUCCGUCAAUCCCGUAUCGUCGUUGCUUCGCCGUUGUCGUCAUCCUCUGCACAUUCCCUCCCUGACCCUCCCACCGCCAUGGCGUGCCCCCUGGUCUCCUCAACGGUCGGUCGGGAAUUACACAUUGCCUAGCCAUGCUUCUUCCUCGUCGCGACUCAUGACUUUCCUCUCGAAUCAAGUGCCGCCGGUAGAGCCAACGGACAACUCGGGAAACUGUUACUCUCUCUCUUUGCCUUCAACUUCUCUACAGGCCUCGCAGCAUCAUCCCAAAUGCCUGCCGACUUGUCCUGAGGUGCACACAUCUAAGCUCGAAAGCUGAGAUGUGAUAUGGAUACGGAUGGCCAUGGGCCAAACAAACAAAUGACAAACUGCUGGCAUUGCAAGUCAUAGGACAAUAAUGCUUUGCA